UGGAUGAAGCUGCGGGCGCGGCGAGGGUGAGACAAGCCAACUGUAGAGCCCGUCUGGCCCAGUGCACACUCCCGUGAACCUCGGCGGAGGAGGAGGCGGAGGCGGAGGCAGGCAGCUACCAUGGGCCAUGAGACUCUGUUGCCGCCAACAUGACCGCAGCCGGCUCCUGCAGCGCACGCAGACCAUGUUCCAUGUUUUUUUUAGGUCUAUCUUUGGAAUUCCUUCACUGAUCCUUGUUCUGUUACCAGUAACUUCUUCUGAUUGUGAGAUUGAAGAUAAAAAUAAAAUAAUCCAAGAGUAUACGAAUAUCUUAUAUGUCAACAUUGAGAAUUUGGAGAAGAUGACAAACAAUGCUAGCAAUUGCUCGAAUAAAGAAUAUAGCUCAUUAAAAAAUCACACAUGUGAUGAUAAUAAGGAAAUUAUGUUUAUAGUUCAUGUGACAUGUAAGUUGAAGCAACUUGUGAAGGCUAAUAUCACUGAGCACUCUGACGAUUACUUAGAAGCAUAUUCACAUCACGCAUUAGAGAUGUUGAAGGGAUGCAAAUGUGAUGAGGAGAAAGGAAAAAAAGCAGAAAGAAAAACAGGAAGAAUUCAUUCCUUUGGUGAAGUUUCUCCCACCAAGAGUUCAGUGAAUGGAACAGAAAAAAAGACAGGACCCUGCUUUAAGAUCCUGGGAGAAAAAUCUUCAAAGGAACAAAAAAAACGUAAUAAAUGUUUAUGCUUGAUACAAAAAAUGGUAUCUGAUGUUAACAAUUGCUGGAGGAAAUUUUUGAACAUGAAUUCCAAUGGGCACUGAAACAACUGUGAUGCCACAGAAGUCCCACAAUUUGAUGAACUUUCACUUUCAUUCUCCAAGUGUUUAUCUGCUCACACUGAUCUAUCUCCAUGCCAGGAGCUACUGUAUUUAUCCUGGCAAAACUAUGGCACCAUAAGCAAGUGACCAUGAAUUCUAUUCAACUCCACUGCAGGCACCAGUAGACAGAAGCAAACCAAUGAAACAGAAGAUGACAAUUCACAAUAAAAGCUACUUGAUAACUACCUGGACCUACCUUUAUUCUGGAACAGAUU